CAGCGUUCACAUUCGCAACUUUAUUAUUCUUAAAUAACGUCAUAUGACCAACAGCUUUUUAAUUUUAAAACAACAAUAAAAUAAUAGAAUUACACAUUUCCCGUAUUAACAAAUAAUUAAACAGAUUCACGUGUAAAAGUAAUAAAUAUGCUGAAAAUUAAAAUAUUAACAUGUGUUUGUGUUAUUAUUUUGAACAUACAAAGGACAAGGACAGCUGGAGAAAUGGAGGACAUACAAAGAAUAUUUUCACCGUGCCAAAAAUCAUCGCCGGAUUUCGAUCAAUGCAUAAAGAGGGCAUUCAACAAACUAAAGCCGUACUUCAAACGAGGUAUACCGUCGAUGGGCGUGGCGCCGUUUGAUCCGCAUUUUGCAGAAGAGGUGCUCCAGACGCGCUCCGUUGGCGGCCUCGGGUACAAACUCACGCUACGCAACGUCUACGAGAGAGGAUGGUCCCAGUCCACAGUCACUAAAUACAAAACAGACUGGGUGAAUGAACGUAUCAUUUACUCACAAUAUUUUCCUGAGAAAUGGUUGGAAGGAGACUACGAAUUUCAAGGUGAUGCUUUUGGUCUGGGGGUGAUGCGAUCGGGGCGAUGGAACCUGACAUUGCGUGACUACUCUCAGACGACUCGCAUCAAGCGCGACGGCAGCGGCGUCGACGUUCACGUGGAGGUCGAUCAUAUCGGCGACAUGGACAUACACGUCGGCAACCUGCUCCGCGGCAGAAGCAUUUUAGAACAAAUGCUCGACCGCAUGAUAAACCUGACCUGGAAGCCUGGCUUCGCGGUCAUAAGGCCGUUGAUAAACGACCUGGUUAGCACCGCCUUCACGGACAUCUGGAGCAAAUCCUUCAGGAACUUUCCUAUUGAUGCCUUCGUACAAAAUUGAUACACAUUGACUAAAAUUUAAUAGAUUUUGUAUAGCCAUUUGUACAUAGUAAUUUUAAGAUUGUUAAAUAAUUCUUUUAAAAAUAGAUUAGAUUUAUUGGUGUGGGUCAAGUUCAGAUCCAUAAGGACAUUGUUUUGAACCUAGAUACAACAGAAGCCAUUUGAAACCACAGAUACCAUGACUAAAGUUUGUACUUAGCUAAUAGCAAUCAAACCUCACAAAUCUUAUUCUAUAUCAAAACGCGUCGUAGAAAGUGUAUAAAAUUUAUAAAGUACCGAAUAAUUAAAGUGUAAAAUAAACAAAGAAUUUAGAUUAUUAGUUGAUGUAAUAAACUAGUCCCAUAUUUUAUAUGAUUAGUUUUAUUUAAAAAAUCAUUUUGAAAUAAAAAAAAGUUCUUACC